AAUACACUUAUACAAAUCCUCUCAGUUGUAGGGUGCAUGAAAGCCUAUACUGCUGAGUCUAAUUUUGGUCCUUACGCAUAACAGAAAAACACAUUUUAAGUGGCGAAAAACAGAAGAAGCAACAUGACUUUAUUUCAAGUUGUGUUUUAUGUUCAGUUUUUAUUGUUCUUCUUUACUGUCUACAGCAAACCAGCAGCGAUUCACCUGCGUAACAUGGACAGCUUCAUCCGAGCCGUGCAGCAGGUUGAAAGCUCCAAGCCUGGUCUGUCCCCCCUAGCUCUGGUUAGGGCUCUGCGGAGGACUGCUGGCCAUGACGACAUGAUGACUAUCCAUUUCUUGGGGGCGUCUUAUAAUUUCAGUGACACUGAGGUCCUGGAGAGAUCCAUUCUGAAUGCUUCAUCCUUCAGCUUCUUUGAUAAGGCCAUCCACCACACUGUGACAGACAGUGGAGAAGAACGGGGUGUGGUUCUCACACCAGAUGGCACCACCGUAGCGCUUGCACCUCUACUGUUAGGGAUUGAAUCAGGACUGAAAGCCAAGAUGGAAGGGACGGCAGCUGUUGGGAUCUUCCCACUCACCUUAGGCAGGAGGCUGGGUCUGUCCUUCCUCAGCCUCCAGGACUUCCCACCAUCUCAUCGCCUGGGGCCCAACGGGUGCUGGGACAGCGUAGAGCACCCCAAAAUGUUCAAGCUGUCUCGUCCUGCCACUCUGGCCACAGAUGCCAUCAUCAAUGGGGGCAUGGAUGGAGCUAUACUGGGGACUAGCCUCAGCAAUGUAUCUGCAUCCGAACAGACGCAGACCCUCAGCGAGAUUUUGAAAGGAUACUAUAGUUUUACUCUGACUGAGGCGCGGGGUCUUGAUGCCGUGACUGACAAUGUUAGCCCUAGGCGACGGGAGCUCUCUAGAUCCAUUCUGGAGUCACUUGAUCUUCAGAGUCAGGUGAUGGAGACACUAAACUUGGUCUGGAAGUUGGAGAAGACAGAAUGGAUUGCUCAGGACACCGGGGUGGAGAAAGCAGUGAAGGAUGGAUUGCAGGCAUUUAUGCACAAGUACUGGGACUGCCCUCAAAUCAUUCCUCGCUGCCAGUGGGGGGCUAAAGCUUCCAAGGGUAUACCCAUCCCACUGUCUCUUCCCCUCCAGUUUCUCUACGUCCAUCACACCUAUGAGCCCUCAUCACCGUGUUUAUCCUUCCCAAAAUGCUCUCGUGACAUGAGGGCUAUGCAGCGUUUCCACCAGGAAGACCGUGACUGGCUUGACAUUGCAUACAGCUUUGUGGUCGGCUCUGAUGGCUACAUCUAUGAAGGCCGGGGAUGGAACCACCUGGGCAGACACACCAAGGGGAAAAAUGCUGUCGGGUAUGGCGUCUCUAUCAUUGGUAACUACACAGCCACCCUGCCAUCUCGCCAUGCCAUGGACCUGUUGCGUCACAGUCUUGUAAAAUGCGCUGUAGAUGGAGGAGGUCUGGCUGCCAACUUCACCAUCCAUGGCCACAGACAGGCGGUCAACUACACCACCUGCCCUGGAGACGCCUUGUUUUCAGAAAUACGUGGCUGGGAACAUUUCAGGGAAUGACAAAAGGAGAUUCAAGCCUUGUUUCUGUUCAAGAGAAGAUGGCUUCAGUGACUGAAAAACCAUUCAAACACAAGAUACUGCGAGAGAUAAAAUUCUUUUGGCUUUGGCAAGCCCUACCCUCAGGGUUCUUGUCCUUUUGCUACCACCAGAGGAAACAUUUUCAGGAGGUCGAAUAAUUUCCCCAAAACUUAAUUUCAUGGAAACACACUUAGUCUGAAGGUAACUAGAUCAAUUUUGAUCCAGUACAGAAAAAGCUGUACAACCAACAGUUGUGGAGUUAAUUUGCUGGCAGCAUGUAUUUCAUUUAAUUAUAUUGUCAAAGUGUAUGAAAUGUAUGUAUGAAAAUAAACUUAAUUUACCAGAAGGAGA